AUGCCACUCUUUGGGAAUAUCAUCGUAAUUAAACGGAAUGGGACUGAUGGCAUUUGUUUUCCACUCACUGCAAGUUCUUGUUUAUUUGGAAGGAGAACAGAGUGUGAUAUUCGCAUCCAGUUGCCUCAGGUCUCGAAAGAACAUUGUAAAAUUGAAGUAAAUGAAAACAAGGAGGCAAUACUGACUAAUUUAAGUACGAUAAAUCCUACGCGGCUGAAUGGUGAUUGUUUUCAGCACCCUGUACCUCUGAAGCACGGAGAUGUGUUAACUAUUAUUGAUCGUUCUUUCAGAUUUGAAUAUCCUCUGCCAUCAACUCCAAGGAAGAAACGUUCUAGGUCUCCAAGAGAUGAAACCCUGCAGGUUCUUCAUGUUCAGCAGGUGGCAGAAGUGGAAUUACUACACAAACCAACUUCAGGAUCUAAAAGUCUUCAUGCUUCAGAUAAUGCUGAGUGGGAAGAAAAAAAUGCCAAUGAAAAGAAACAAAGUACAGAAGAAAAAACUUGCCAAGCUUUACCUGUCAAACUACACACACCCAAAUCUGCAGGCAGAGCACUUCUCUCCGUUAGGAGGCAAUGUGAAAUGUCUCCAUUUAGUAAACUUUAUGAAAAACUGAAAUGCGAGAUGAAAGUGCAAAAAACUUCGGGAGAGGGAAAUGUAUGUCACCAAGCUGCAAAAGGAGAUGGGAAGAGUGUCCUGCUAGAGCCGAGUGCUCGAACUUCACUGAGUUGUUUUUAUGAUCUGGGAAGCCUGACUAGAGAAAAAGCGAGAAGUAGAAGUGAAAAUAUUGAAGAAUGUAAAAUAAAGGGAGAAGUAACCUGUUCAGAAUUGAACCAGAUCUCGACUGUAGGAAGUGCUACCAGGAAGAGUUUUACCAGGAGUCCUCGAGCUUCUGUUUCAAAGGAGAUAGCAGGAGAUCCUGGGGAAAGAAAUCACUUGCAGGAUCAUAAGGAACUAAGUACAGAAGGCAGCUCUGAAGGUACUGAAUUUAGAAGCAGAUCCAGUAAGGAGAAGGAUGCAAAUGCAGCAUUUUCACUGAAGCCGUGCAUUGUAGAGUGUUUGGAUUGUGCAGAUAAAAUGAAAAUACACAGCUGUCCAGCAGCAGGAGCUAAACUAGCACAAAGGACAAACACAGCGAAUGUUUCUGAAGUAGAUAAAUAUGUUCUGUCUCCACCAACGUCCAGAAGGAGGAGUCCUUGGUCGCAUUUCAUAGCACCUCCCAGAGAAAGCAGUGGAAUGGAUCCUGUAUAUACCGAUACUCCAACAACUCGAGGACGUGUGUCUUUGAGAUGUCAGUCUUUUCCAGAACUGUUAGCUGGGACUGCAAGGGAAGAUUCAGCAUGCGGAAAUGACAGCCUCAAACAGCUGCCUUUGGCAGGAAAGGAAUGCCUAAAGCCAAGACGCAACAGUAAGCAGUGUACCCCAGGAAGAGCUGUAAAAGAAGAAGUGCUGAAAGAAAUUUGUGAUCAGGCAAACUUUGUUGAUUCAAAAGAGGAAUGUUCUGAAACUCCGGUUUCUCUUUCGAAUUCCAAGAGUCCCAGAAGAAGUAACAGGCAAAGUAAAGAAUUAUCCAGCACCAGUGUCCAUCUGGAGACACCGGCCUCAGGAGAGUUAACAUCAGAACAGUCAUCUCCUCCUAGUCCGAAGUCUGAGCCCGGAAGACAAAGGGAUAGGCCAAGGGCCUCAGGUCUGCUAACUGAAAAAUCCUUGGAGACAAGUGCUGUUCAAGAAAAUCCCAGUAAAACUCCAAACAGAAACGACAAGGGAGGUAAAGAAGAGCUCGCCACUGAGGGGCAUCACCAGCAGCAAGAUCUGGAAGAUGCCUGUGAGAUGAGACCUCGGAGGUUGUCCUCCAGGAGAAGGUCUUCUGGAAGUGCUGCCCUACUGAAAGACAAUGAGGCUGUCUCAGAAGUGGAUGUUUCCGACCUGCUGACUGGAGGAGAUUCAGGCAAGACAAAAACGCUAUCUCAGAAGAGGAAAAGUGGUGGUGUGUCACUUCAGCCUUUAGAAAAAAGGAAGAGAGUGUCUUUUGGUGGUCAUCUAAGUCCAGAACUUUUUGAUAAAAGUUUGCCUCCCAACUCACCCAUUAAAAGAGGGGCAAUUCCUGCCCGACUGAACUUACCGUUUGGAGACUCGCCACGCGCCGUUCUGAAAAAGGCUCAGGGGUUGAAGCGCUUGACGGUCCAGGAACAUUUGCAGAAAGAAACAAUGUCACCAAAGGAUUUGCCAGCUGGGAAGUCACCAGCUGCCUCAUCCCCUGCUUCUGGGAAAGCAAGACCUACACCUCCUUUAGGCUCUCCAGCACCUUUCACAAAAAAACGUUUCUCUGUCUCUCACAUCACGACACCAUCACCAAUUGCAGAAGAGAAGGAUGCCAUUGCAGAAAACGUGAAUACGAAGGAGAAAAGGGAUCCCCGAGUGAAAACCCCUAAAUCUUCUCAGGUUCACCCAGAUGAUAAAACCUCUUCAACAAAUACACCUGACAAAUUGACAAAAACUGCACAACUUGCUUCAAAGGUCACACCCAUGAGGAGAAGUGGGGCUGUAGCAGUUAUCAGUGCAAAAAGAAGAAGCGGUGCCUCUAGUGCCAAUCUACUAGUUGCAAAAUCUUGGGCAGAAGUGGUAAAACUAGGUGUUGCAAGACCACAGUCAAAGACUGUUAAAAGAAGUGUCCGAAAAGGAAGAUCCCUAAAGAAGAAAACAACAUCACCAAAGACUCCAGAAAGGAAAAUAAAAGGUCAUUUUAGUACAGGUCAUGCAGAGUCACCUGCUACAAUAGUUGUAGGUAGAGCUUAUUCCACCACAGUCACAACAGUUGGACAGGUUCCUAAAGUGGUAAAAAAUCCUAUUGUGAUGCUAAACAUGAAUAUGGACGAAAGCUUCACAGGAAUAGCUGAAAUGUUUCAAACUCCAGAAAAUAAGAGUGGAAAAACAUUACCUUUGGCCUCUGUUCAGAAGACUGAAUUUACACCAACGUGUACCGCAAUGGAAACUUCUGAAUUGCAGACUCCUGAAGAAUCUGAAAGGUCAAAGGUCACAUCAGGAAGUGUUGGGGAUUCUGAGCAAGAAGAUCCUGCACCUCCUUGUACUAAUUCCCGUCAUAAAUAUGAAGAUAAAGGAAAUGUUUCGCAAGGUGAAGAUUCUCAACAGAGGGAAGCACCUAGUGAAGACGGGUCUGCCCAGAGACCAACAAAGGGCAGAUCAAGGAAGACAAAAGUACAUUGUGCUUCAGCAAAGCAGCGUGAAAAUCAUUUGAAUUCAAAAGAAUUGCAAAGUCUGGGAGAAAAGAGUACCCAAGAGGAGAUGGAAGAGAUCAGUACUUCAGUAGCUAAAAGAAGAGGAAGAGUAAGGAAAGCAAACCUUUGCAUACAAGAGGAAAUGGUUUUACAGCAUCCUCAUCAGGAAGAAGUGGAAACUGAUUCAUUUGUGGGAGGGCAUGGAGCUCCUCAAAGAGCAAGAAGAGGUAAAAGGAAAAAUCCUACUGAGUUAAAGCAUCCAAGUGAGAAUCUUGAAUCUUGUGGCAAGGAUUCUUCAGUGGUAGGAAAACAACGUGCAAAUAGAAAACAGACUUUGCAGGAGUGUGGCAUCAAUGGCAUAUUAGAGACUGAAGAUGAUCUAACCAUAUCUAGUAGCAUUCAAAAAGAAAAUUGCCAGCUGCAAACAGGAUUAAAAAAGCCUGAAAACAAACCUGAGCAAGGUGGUGUAGACGUCAGAGGGGAAAUGCUUCAUUUCUUUAAUAAGAUACCUGCUGCAGGCAGUGACAGUCCUGCUCUUAACCAUCGACAGCGGGCAAGAAAUGAACAGGGCAUGCUUAAACCAAAGCAGACUGACAUCCCGCAAGAGAAUCCAGCACAGAAAAAUGGAACAAGAUGUAGAAGACUUAAAGGUAGAAACGUUAAUUUUGACCUUGAAGAAGGCAGCUUCAAGGUAGGUGGAGGAAAUAUGGUUUUACCUGAGUGUGACAAAGGAAUGACUUGCAAAGACGGUCAGUGUGAGACUUCAGAAAAUCCUUCUUUGCAAGUUAGGAGGAGCAGGAGAAGGCAAGUUGAAUCCAUUCUACAAGUACCUUGUGUUCCCUCUGUGGAGAACCAAAGACUAAUUGCAGGUGAUAUCAAAGAUGAGGCUUCCCUAAAAGAGCAAGAUUCAGGUUUGGCUGCUACUCCCUCUUCAACCCAAGAGAAUCCACCGAGACGAGGGAAAAGACGAGAGGUUGCUGCAGCAUCACCAACACCUAGAUCUCCUCCUGUCAGAAGACGUGGGUUGCCAAAAGGUGAUGAUAAAAAGAUGAGUGUGAGAGAACAGGAAAAUCCAGCUUUGGGAAAGAAAAUUUUGCCGGCAAAAACAAAUGCAUCAGCGAGGGGCGCAAAGAAAAGGAUUGAUCUAGGAGGAGAGGUAGAAACUGGUAAUAUAGAGGAGGGUACUAAUGAAGAACAAAAUAUGUCUUUGGAAACAGUGUCCUCUGGAAAAGAGAAGCCAUUAGGAAGGGGCAGAAAGACAGGAACUGCUCUGGCAUCCCACACAACUAAUGCCAUUUCUCUUAGAGGAAAACGCCGUUUGCCAGCAGAUACUGGUAGAGAAGCAGCUCCUAAAGAAUAUCGAAAGGUUCCAUUACAAACUUUUGAUUCACCUGUGAAAGAAGAUAAGCUGAGAAGAGGCAGACGGAUAGGAAUUGCCCUCUUGCUAGAAGGCACAAAUUCUGUUCAGGGCAAGCAGGGCUUACCAAAACGAAGUACUAGAAAUAAGCUGAUUUUGGCCAGUCAAGAAACCCCUGAAGAACAACAAAAUGGACUUUUGGCAGUAGCUCCACUGGCAAAAGGAAAUCCAUCAGGAGUGGUCAGAAAGAAAAGAAUUCCUUCCAGAUGUGAAGAAACUACUUCCCCUUUUCUCAGGAAAGAUCCUGCCUCGCCCAGAGAUCAAUGUCAAAAGAGGAUUAAGACACAAGAAGUUGCCCCUGAACAACAGGCAACUGCCUCUUCUCUCAGAAGAAAACGUCAGUUGCCAGCAGAUGACUUGGCAUCCAAAAAACUAAGAUCAGGGUUUUUGCUGCUUCUGAAAGACCUGCUUUUGAUCAUUGUGACAAAAGAUGAAUCCGGGCACUUGUGA